AUGGAUUGGAGGGGGAACCAGGCGUUGCGGGUCAUGGCGACCUCAUCACCUUCCUGGAAAGAUGUAGUUUGUCGGGUAACUGCUUCCAACUUGGAAACAGACCACAACACCAACAAUAACAAGAUUCUGUUCUUUUCCUUGAGCGUCUUCAUCUUACCAAUCACCGAGACUGACUUGACUGUACUUCAAGUCAUCUCAAUACCAGCUCCAAGUGAAGACGAAAGGCAGCAAAGGGACGUCAUCAGAUCGUCCAAUUUCACAAUGGCCUCAUCAACAUCCAUGACGGUGGUGGACGUCCACACCCACAUGUACCCCCCGUCCUACGUCAAGAUCCUCGAAUCUAGAACCACCAUUCCCGUCGUGCGCAGCUUCCCGCAAACACCAGACCCGCGCCUCAUCCUCCUGGCCUCGGAGGAACAAGCCCUCGAUGAGGCUACCAAGGAUCCUUCAGCGAAGCCUCCUGGCCGGCCGCUGACCUCUCACUACGCCUCGCUCGACCAAAAGGUCCACUUCAUGGACACGCACAAGAUCAACAUCUCGGUCAUCUCCUUGGCGAACCCGUGGCUCGACUUCAUCGAUGCCUCCGAAUCUGGCGCCAUGGCCAAGGGCGUCAACGAGGAGUUCGACGGCAUGUGCGCCGCACACCCGGGCCGCCUCUUCUUCUUUGCUGCUCUGCCUCUAACGGCAUCACUCGAGACCAUCUUGGAGGCCAUCAACCACGUCAAAGCCCUCAAGUACUGCCGCGGCAUCAUCCUCGGCACUUCGGGGCUCGGCAAGGGCCUCGACGACCCGGACCUGCUGCCCAUCUUCAAGGCCAUCGCCGCCGCCCGCCUGACCAUCUUCCUGCACCCGCACUACGGGCUGCCCAACGACGUCUGGGGUCCCAGGGCGAGCAACGAGUACGGCCACGUUCUUCCCCUGGCCCUGGGUUUCCCGAUGGAGACCACCAUCGCCGUGGCACGCAUGUACCUGGCUGGCGUCUUCGAUGACGUCCCAGAGCUGCGCAUGCUUCUGGCGCACAGCGGAGGCACGCUGCCUUUCCUGGCGGGACGCAUCGAGAGCUGCAUCAUGCACGACGGGCAGCUGGUGCGCGAGGGCAAGGUCGGCAAGGGCCGCCGGACGAUUUGGAGCGUGCUCAAGGAGCAGAUCUACCUCGACGCCGUCAUCUACUCAGAGGUUGGGCUGAAGGCGGCCAUCGAUGCCAGUGGAGCGGAUAGACUCAUGUUUGGCACUGAUCAUCCCUUCUUCCCGCCAUUGACCUCUGAUGAGCAGGGCGAGUGGGAGAGUGUGAGCAUGAAUGCUGAUGCCGUUGCUGUGGCGGUGGGUGAGGGAAGCGAGCAGGCCAAGGCCAUCAUGGGCGGCAAUGCGAUUGAGAUUUUGAGACUAAAGGUUUGGUGGGACCGAAUUACACCGCCUGCCAAAUUUCAUCCCAUUUACCACUUUCUGCUGGCAAUUCCUGAAAAUAUGGCAAUUGGCCCCGCGAUUUUUACUUCCUUUUACUCGAGAGAACAGACCAAUUCUCAUUACACGUCAAUUGAGAUCACAAUGGCGGCUGAAGUCCGCCGCUCUAACGGCACGCGCCUUGAUGCGUCCCUCGGCAUCACUGAGCGCAUUGCGCCGAGUAUGGUCGCUUGGACUGGAGACAUGCGCAAAAGAUACACCGACUUCCAAGUCUACGAAAUUAACAAAGAUGGUUCCGUCCUCCACCUCACAGAAACUCGCCUUCCCCCGCCGCCAAAGGAGACCACGCCGCCUCCACCAGCACCUCCUGCACCUGCUGUUCCCGUAGUAGAAGAGAAGAAGGGAGAAGAAGAGCCGAAGCCAGAAGAGCCAUCGAAAGAUGGAGAGGCCGCCGAAAAGCCCGCCGCGGUCAUCCCCGAAGUCCCCGCUGAGGACAUUGCCCUCCUCGCCUCCCUCACAAACGACGACUUCGCCAACCAGCUCGUCACCAUCUACAAGACGAUAUCCGCUGACAAGAUGGCCAAAACCGAGCCCGUCACAUCCCCCAUCAUGGACGACAAGGACAGGCGCUCCCAGCUCCACCAAAACGUCCGCCGCAUCUUCAACUCCACCAUCGACACCACCACCGAUCCCACGGGCGCUAUCGUCGCCCGAGUCCCUCCCCCUCGCGGCAAGGGCAAGGGCAUGCGUGGCGGCCGCGACAACAACAACAACAACCGCGAGAACAAUAAACAGAAGAAGAAGCAGCCCAAGGCCGUGGCCCCCGGCGAGGGCGAGUACCUCCACUUCACCCUCUACAAGGAGAACCGCGACACCAUGGACGCCCUGCACCAAAUCUCCAAGGCCCUCCGCAUCAAACCCCAGGCCAUCGGCACCGCAGGCACAAAAGACCGCCGCGCCGCCACCACGCAGCGCUGCUCCGUCCGCGGCCAGCGCGCCGACGCCCUCCUUCGCGCCCGCCUCUUUGGCGUCACCGUCGGCGACUACCGCUACGCCCACUCGCCCAUUCACCUCGGCGCCCACAGGGGCAACGAGUUCGUCAUCGCCCUCAAAGACUGCCUCGUCGCCGGCAACCCCGACCUUCCCCCCGCCGACCGCUCCUCCCAGAUCCGCGCCUCCGUCGAGGCCGCCAUGGCGAGCAUGCACAACCCGGGCUGGAUAAACUACUUUGGCCACCAACGCUUCGGCACCCACGCCAUCGGCACCCACGAGGUAGGCCGGCUCCUCCUGCAAGGCGACUUUGAAGCCGCCGUCAACGCGAUCCUCUACUACGACGAGUCCAUCGCCCAGCGCGCCCUCGCGGGCGAAGUCCCGGACCAGGGCCACGCCCGCGACGAGCUGAACCGCCACCGCGCCUGCAAGGUCUUCCGCGACGGCGGCUCCGCAGAGGAAGCCCUCUCCCACCUGCCCCGCCGCUUCUCCGCCGAGGCGAGCCUCAUCCGCCACCUCGGCCGCUCCACCGCCCCGUCCCGAAGAGACUUCACCGGCGCCCUCACGAGCAUCACCCGCGGCCUGCGCAACAUGUACCUCCACGCCUACCAGUCCUACGUGUGGAACCACGCCGCAAGCCACCGCUGGCGCCUCUACGGCAAGAACGUAGUCGAAGGCGACCUCGUCCUCGACACUUCUGCCGACGCAGAUGCAGACGCGGACAACGAAGGAGGAGACGACGACGCAGACUCCUCCUCCGCCCCAGCCCGCGUCCUCACCGCCGAAGAAGCCGCCUCGGGAACCUACACCAUCCACGACAUCGUCCUCCCCUCCCCGGGCCACGCCGUGGCCUACCCCACCAACGCCAUCGGCGAAUUCUACACAACCUUCAUGCGCGACAACGGCGGCCUCGACCCGCACGACAUGCUCCGCCGCCACCGCGAAUUCAGCCUGCCGGGAGCGUACCGCAAGGUCGUCGUGCGCUUUCUCUCGGAACCCAGCUUCGAGGUCCGCGCGUACGAGGACGGCGAGGAGCAGAUGCAUCCCACCGACAUGGACCGCAUCCGCGCAGCAGCUGGGCGUGGCGGGAAUGGGAAGAAGCGGGGCCGUCAGGAGGAUGAGAACGCCGAGGAUCAAGAUGCGGCGAAGAAGGUCAAGACCGAGGCGGGUGCGGCGGGAGUGGAUGGCGAAGCUGCGGCGGAUGAGCCGAUGCACGACGCGCCGGCACAGACCUCGGAACCGAAGCAGGAGCAAGAGCCGGAGCAGCAAGCGGAGACCGCCACCGCCGAUCCGAACGGUACCCCGUCGACCCCCGAAAAGACAAAGACGGCCGUCGUGGUCACCUUCCAGCUCCCCAAGAGCGCCUACGCCACCGUCGCGCUGCGGGAACUGAUGGGCGUCGACGAGUCCGAAGUCGCCGCGGCUCCUACGGCUGCCUCCGCUGCCCCUGCUGCUGCCAUCACUGAUACUACCGCUGCUGCCCCCGAGGCUGCCGAGGCAUCACCGCUUCACGGCUCAAAAAGCAUAUAUAUGUACAAUGCCACCUACAAGGCCAAUCCUACUCUUACCAACCCACUUAAAUCUUUUUGUUUGUAUUGUUCCAAGCCGAAUAGACAAUCGCUUGGAUACACAAUAAUGCCUACAGUCUUUGCUGAAUAUCCACCGCCACCGCCGCUUGUCCAGGUACACGUCUGCCUCCGCUACAUAUAUCCAGAAAGUAAAUCUGACCCCCUGAAGGCGUAA